UGACUAAAGUGUGUACAGUGUGUUUAUCUAAAGGAGAUUAACAGGCUUUCAAAUGUAUUUUCAAAUUGUUUGGUUAGUAUAAUGUUAGGUUUGUACACGUCAGUCAGCUGAUGCCUAUUUUGCGUUAUUAGUAUAACAACUCACAAAAAAAUGUUUACAACCAUAAAAACUACCCCCCCCCAUCUUCAGCAAACACCUGUAUGAGGUGGGAGGGGGCGGAGCCACCUAUAAUUCUACAGGCUUCACCUCUCAGGUUUUCAGCUAAAAGGGCUAUUGAUUGCCCUGAAUCCAGAUGCACACAUAUCAAGACAUGGAGGUGAAACUUUCCAACAGAAAUGGAUGGAAGAGUUUGGGUCCGGACACGGCUCCACACAGGUGUCACAUUAAGACAGGAUUCAUUCUGCUACUUGCAUUGGUGUUCUUACUGACUGUCGUUACUUAUGUCUCUGAAUUCUCUCUCAAGACCGCUUUGCUAACUGACACCUUUUAUGAAAAAGUGCUAAAUCAGACACGCUCCUAUUAUGUUGUGAUUGAAUACCCAUCUGCCAGUGAAAAUCCAACUAUAUUUUUAGCACCCAACAGAGUCCAACAGAGUCCUACACAAACCACAGACAUUUCAGUGCAUCAUCAUGUAGCUCAUCCAAGCAACUAUCAUUUCAUUCUGGAUGAACCUGAUAAAUGUAGUCAGUUGGAUCCAUUCCUGGUCUUGAUGGUCCCUGUGGCUCUCCAUCAGGUAGAUGCUCGUAACGCCAUCCGGAGCACAUGGGGGAAUGAGAGCUCAGUCCAGGGAAAAGCAGUGCUGACUCUGUUCUUUGUGGGUUUGACUGGAGGACCUGAAGCUCAACAGCAGCUGGAGGAAGAGAGCCGACAACACAGAGAUUUAGUGCAGAGCAACUUUGUAGACUCCUACUUUAAUCUGACCAUAAAGACAAUGGUGAUCAUGGACUGGUUGGCCACCCGUUGCCCUCAAGCAUCAUAUGCUAUGAAGAUUGAUUCUGACAUGUACUUAAAUGUGGAGAACCUGAUGAGCCUUCUAUUGGCACCCAACACACCCAGACAGAACUACAUUACAGGCAAUUUGAUGUGGGACCGGCCUGUCAUCAGAAACAAAAACUCAAAAUGGUACGUAGCAGAGGAACUGUACCCUGAACCGAAAUACCCCAUGUACCUGCUUGGAAUGGGAUAUGUUUUCUCCAAUGACCUGCCAGAAAAAAUAGUUGAGGCUUCCAAGAAAGUAAAGGCCUUUAACAUUGAGGACGCAUAUGUGGGUGCUUGUCUGAAACAGUUAGGCAUUGCACCCUCAUCUCCCCCAGACCCUUCACAGUUUAGAGCCUAUCUGGGACAAUAUAAGCGAGAGGAUUUUCUUAGAGUUAUUACAACAAUCCUGGGAUCCCCGCAGCAGCUAAUAGACAUUUGGAAGGAUGUAAAGAGGCCCACAUAAAAGGAAUCAAAUUGGGAUACAUUAGUGGUUGCCUUUAUUUGAUUAAUAAAAGAUUGUUAUGCUACACAGAGAAUGGCAGACACAAUCAGAGAACUAAAGACAAAAAAAUAAAUAAAAUGCUAAUUUUUUUUUUUUUUUUUUUGCUUUUAGAAUAUUUAUUUAUAUUUAGUUACCGAUUUGAAAUAAAACAUGUAAAUAUUAUUUAAUUGCUGUCAUUUCCAGUUCUGCCACAACUCAAGUGUUAACAAGGUCACAUUGAAACCUUCAACUUGUAUUUUGCAUAUGCAAAUAAGUUGGUAAGGUGAGGUGGCCGUUUUCAGACUAUAAUAAUGCCACAGAUCUUCAAGACAUUUAGACAUUAUAUUUAGAACCAUCUGAAAUACUAAGUUAUCUCAAAGUGAUUAUUGGCAUUUUUUUUAGUCCCAGUUAGCAUCAGAAACACAACUUAAAACUUUUGCAGAUGGAGGAGAAUGAAUGAAAGAUGGGUGUUAACAUGAUCCUUUUGAGUAGCAAACUGAUUCUGGAACUUUGCCAGCUCACUGUGACACACUCCACAGCCUCACCAGGUGUUUCUAAAGGAUCUAAUAGGUCAAAGAAAUGACAAGGAGGAGCUCAGAUACAGCGACUCUGAGAUAUACAAGAUCGCUGUUACUCUCAAGACAAGGU